GAGGAGACCUCAUGCACAAGGCCGGCGGGAGUUUUGCAAACUUUUCUACGGGCGGCAGCUCCUUCUCCUCCUCCGCCUCCUCCUCCUCGUCGUCGUCGUCGCCACCCAGCGCCUCUGCCCCUCUCGCCCGCGGCAGCAGCCGCCGCCAGCUAUGGUGGCCCGCUCGUCCGCUCAGCACGGAGGCGGCGGCGGGCGCCGCUGGCCGCGGCCGACCGCCUGGCUGUGGCUGGCAGCGGCGCUGGGCGCCGUGUGCCCGCCGCGGGGCUCGCUGGUGCAGGGCCGGCGGCUGAUCUGCUGGCAGGCGGUGCUGCAGUGUCAGGGGGAGCCCGAGUGCAGCUACGCUUACAACCAGUACGCCGAGGCGUGCGCCCCAGUGCUUCUGCAGCAGCCGCCGGCGGGCGGCGGGGCCGGGCCGGCGGGCGCUGCAGGCGCCUCGGCCUCCUCCAGGCGGCGGUGCCCCAGCCAUUGCAUCGCGGCCCUCAUCCAGCUCAACCACACCCGGCGCGGCCCGGCGCUGGAGGACUGCGACUGCGCGCAGGACGAGAACUGUCGCGCCACCAAGCGCGCCAUCGAGCCGUGCCUGCCCCGCACAAGCAGCCCUUCUGCCGGGGGCCCUGGUCCCGGCCCCGGCGUCAUGGGCUGCACAGAGGCGCGGCGGCGCUGUGACUGGGACAGCCGCUGCAGCCUCGCGCUCAACCGCUACAUGACCUACUGCGGGAAGCUGUUCAAUGGGCUGCGCUGCACGCCCGAGUGCCGUGCCGUUAUCGAGGACAUGCUGGCCGUGCCUAAAGCCGUGCUGCUCAACGACUGCGUCUGCGACGGGCUGGAGCGGCCCAUCUGUGAGUCGGUCAAGGAGAACAUGGCCCGCCUCUGCUUCGGCGCGGACACGGGCGGCAACGGCGCAGGCAGCAGCGGCGGCUCGGACGGCGGCCUGGAGGAGUACUACGACGAGGACUACGAGGAGGAGCCGAGCCAGAAGGGGAGGGACGACGCGGAGGACAAUGCGGGCUCCGAGCCCGGUUUCCCCGUGCAGGCGGAUAGCGCCGGCCGGCCUGCGGCCGUGGUCUGGGCGUUGCUGGCCUCCAUCUUGAUGCCCCUGCUGCCGCGGCUCUAGCGGCUUUCCCUGCCUCCUGCCAGCGCCGGGCCGCGCUGGCCUCCUCGCGGCGGCAGGGGGGCGGCCGGCGGGGUCCUCCGGGCCGCUCAGUUUAAACGCUCUAACCGUUAAUCUACCGACCAUUAGGCCGGGCCCUCCCCUCUCUGCACACACACUGUCCUCCGGUCCCCCGCGUAUCUCCGAAAGCGGAGGCUCCCCCUCUGCCGCCGUGCCUGCCCGAACCGCUUGCCCGCA